CCGGAAGCGGCGGCGGGCGGGAGGACCGGCCGCUCAGACACAGGCCCCUCGGACCUUCAGAGGCGCCGGGACCCCGCGCCCUCCUCCGCAACAACACCCUCUUCCGCAACAACACCCUCCUCCGCAACACCCCCCCGGGCCACAGCGCGCCCAGACCCCUCAGGUUUCGAGCAGGGAGAUUUUCUUUGAUUUGGAUCUUCGUGAACGGCCGAGAAUGGCAAGCAAAGGGCCCACCACUUCCACAGCUCCUGAGAGCUCCAGCACGGGAGGAACCAGCGGGAGUAGUAACGGCCCUGGAGAAAGCAGUAAUCAGGACAGUACUUUCGAAUGCAACAUCUGUUUGGACACAGCCAAGGAUGCGGUUAUCAGUCUAUGUGGACAUCUCUUCUGUUGGCCUUGUUUACAUCAGGUAAGAUUCUGGGUUGACACUGAAACAAACAGACAGGUGUGUCCAGUAUGCAAAGCAGGAAUCAGUCGAGAUAAAGUAAUCCCACUUUAUGGAAGAGGAAGUACCGGUCAACAGGAUCCCAGAGAGAAGACUCCUCCCCGACCUCAAGGACAGAGACCUGAGCCAGAGAACAGAGGGGGAUUCCAAGGCUUUGGUUUUGGAGAUGGCGGUUUCCAGAUGUCCUUUGGAAUUGGGGCAUUUCCCUUUGGGAUAUUCGCCACAGCAUUCAACAUAAAUGAUGGGCGGCCUCCUCCAGCCGUUCCGGGGACUCCCCAAUAUGUUGACGAGCAGUUCCUGUCUCGGCUUUUCCUGUUUGUGGCUCUGGUGAUCAUGUUCUGGCUAUUGAUUGCAUAACGGUUUCCCGUGCCCUGUGUUUUUGAGGAUUGCAGGGCCUCUGAACUGGUUACAGCCACUCCCACACUUUUUUAAAACCUCUUAGUGUCUGGCUUCCUAGCUAAUCACAAUUUCCAGGAAUCAGUGUUGUUGGCAACACAGUGAGGAAUUUUGCUUCCUACAUCAAAGCUCUGGAACUAAGUAUCGGUGAGGAGUACAUCUCGGUUCAGUCCUGGGUAGCAUCCAACCACACCAUUGGACAUUGGCAUUCAUUUUCACUCUUAGUGGAGUGAUACUUUGAAAUCCUGUGCCAAACAGUUUAGGCCUGAUGAACUCAAAGUGAGUGUGAAGUGGAGAAGAGAAGAUAACUACAGUGCAUUUGCACCUGGAUGUACUAUCCCAAAAGCAAAGAGGUGGACCAAAUGGUAUUUAUUGGAACUUAAUUUCAUUUAAGUCAAACGCUUUCUGACUAUAAAGUGGCAUCUUUUACAGACACUUCCCAAAGAGGAACCUAGCUCCAGAUAUCAGCGUUCCACUCUCCUCCCUGCCCUUCCUUAGAAGAAUAAGAUGAAGUGCGUGGGCCCUCAGUGUCCUUUGCCUUAUCUUGGGAACUACCAGCAUGGUUGAAAGAAAUCAGCCCGAAAUGAUGUAAUAACAUAAUGCCCGAAGAUUGUAUUUGUGUCUGGACUGUGCAGGGCUCUGUGGCCCUAAAGAAAUUAAUCUCUCCUGGGUUUAUGCAAUAUGAUCUUCUGGUUUAAAAGUGCAUGUGACUUUUCUCAUGAAUGUCCCAACUGCUUUUAUCUGCUUUCAUCAAGAAUUAAAAUUGCACUUGUCUUAUUUUUCCACGAUGGCUAACUGUCCAGACUCCUGCACCCACUGAAAAGAAACCUUUUUGGACCCACCAAACCUUCUUAAGAGGGAUGAGGGGGACUUGGGGUUUCUGAUAUUUUGUUUCUUGGACUCACCGUACACUUCAAAUAUUUCCAGCUAACCAGGAAAAAGAAAAUUUCAGUUCUCUCUAAGUCAUUAUAGGAGUAACUUUUAGGGGAAGCUCAUUACCUCUUCUGUCCUCUCUCAAUAAGGGCAGCUAUGUCAAUCAUGGCUACAAGAGAUAAAUAUGUAAAUGACCAAAAAAAAAAGAAAUCUUAGGAAGGUAGGGAGCAUAGCCCUGGUGAGCCUGCAUCAGGCGAUUCCAAGUUGGUGCAGAAGUCUGUAACAUGCUCAAGUUUUGACAAAUUUGUUCUAAUACUUCCUUGUUGGACAUUUUUGAAAGUGUUGUGUCUGUUGUCUUUCUAGUGCCUGCAGUAUAACACACGACUCCACAGUGGAUAGCCAAUGAUUCCUCCUCAGAUGUGAAGCGAUCCUUAGCAUAAGCAUCAGUUUCCCUUCCUUCUGUCUGAGAAGUUUCACUUUUUUAAUAUCAAUUUUUAUUUGUUUUUGAAAUCUGAUCAAGAUAAAAGCUUGGUGCUAGGUGGGGUUUGAAUAUUUGGUGUAGCAUCUCAUCAGGGCAUAUCAUGUCUUUUGGAUUGAAAGAAGGAAAUUUCUUCCUUUGAAAACCUUUUUCUCCCUCUUGUUUGACCUUCCAUGAUCUUCUUUUAAAACAGUCCUCUGAGAGCAGUUGACAUAUUUCAGAAAAGUGAAACUCUGCCUUAAGUAGCUCCUGAAGGAUUUUUUCACACAAGCCAAAUGAGUCUGCGUUAAGUGGAAGGAAUGGCUUUUCUUUGAGGACCUUCUAAAAACAGAGCCCAGGAUUUGAUACUCAAAAACAAGUAUUCAGUACAUUUACUGGAUCAACAGUGGAAGCGUCCGAAGAAAAAUAAGCCAUCCGCCUCACAGCAUAAACGUUGAGAAGUUUCUCUCCUCACUUAAAAAAAAAUGUACUUGGGAGUUAUUGUUUUUUCUGUGCUUGAACUGAGUAUUAAUUAUAAGCUAAGAAGUCUAGUUUUUAGUCAUCGGGGACCAUCUUUCUGCUGCGAGGGUAAAUAGCCGGGCAAUUUCCCCACCUAGUGGUGUGCGAAACAAGCGAGUAUGCAUCUGCCACCCUAAAAUUUUAUUUUGAUUGCUUUCUCUUAGCUCAGAAAGUGGAAUAUCCAGAGAAGUGGUGAGGGUAAGGAUCUGACUAGGAAGCUUAUCCAUUUUGAUUCUUCAUAUAACAAGGCAGAGAGAGUACAAAGGCAACGCAGGCAGCCGCGUCCCAGGAACGAGAUAUCGAAGUCUGGCUUUGUUGUCAUUUGGUUUUUAAGUGUAGAUAGUUUAACUUUCCUUGGAUAGCAGCCCUGGUGGGACUGAAUUUCAUCAGAGGUUCACAGGCUGAAGUGGUGGAAUCCUUAUUUCCCUAGCAAUCAAAUCAUCUUAAACUUAUUUUCUUUUAAAAAUGGAUACGAUGAUUCUCUUCCUCGGUGUGCUUUUUGCGUUGUCCCCCUUCCGUGUCUUUGUAUUAGGACUGUGCCCAGUUGCAGUUAGACAACGACAUUAUGUACAGUGAGACGCGUUUAUUGGUCACUAAUUUUCACUGUUGUGAAAGUGAUUUGAUUUAGAAUAAAAAAUGGUUUUACAUUGA